AUGGCUCCUGACCUGCCGCGCAUAUUCCUGCUCCCCACGCACUUACAAGCCGACGAGGUGCGCGAGCUGCAGGCCAAAGUGCCGGGCUCCCUGACGCAAGAUGCUCACGAGGCGCGCGUCAUCGUGGGGAAGAUCUCGAGGCCGGAGCGCGCCUUGUUUGAGCUGAGGCGGCUGAAGCUCGUGACGGAGCCCGUGGCUCGGGGGAGAAGUGAUGCUGCUGCGGUAGAUGUGGAUGUGCCGUCGAAGCGACAGAGGCUGAUGACUGGGCCUGAAAGGGGGGAGAGUCGAGAUGAUGAGGGAUAUGAUGGGACGUUGGAUCUGUUUGGGGGGCCAGAGGAUGUUGUUUUGGUGGUGAAGCUGGCUUGGCUGUUGGAUAGCCUUGAGCGAGGCGUUGCGCUGCCCGUCCAGGACUAUCUGCUCUACCGAGGACGAAAGAUCUCCUCUCAGUCUCUACAAGCUUCAACUCCCGCGACUCCCAAAUCACAAACAGACGAGGAGGCAAGCCGCUUAUCUCACGCAGCCAAAUCAUCCCCCUCAGCACGCACAUCAAGGCCCGGGAUAAGCUCCUCGACCGCCUCCGACAGUGCGCGAGCGGGACGGAGCGAGCCGCCGACGCUGUACCACGAGACGACGUCGGAGCACGACAUGCCCCUGCCGCCGAUCCCCGAGUAUCUCCACACGACGUAUUCGUGCCAGCGGCCGUCGCCCGUGAACCCGCCGAAUGCUGCCUUCAUUGCGGAGCUCAAGGCGAUCCGGACUUUGAGGCUCUUGCGGGGCGAUCAUAUUGGCGUGAGGGCGUACUCGACGUCGAUUGCGUCUCUUGCUGCGUAUCCGUAUGCGAUACAGCGGCCGCAGGAGAUUGAAAGAUUACCUGGAUGCGGUGUCAAGAUUGCGAGACUGUAUCAGCAGUGGACACUUACAGGCUCUACGGAUGAUACAAGAGCGGCGGAAACAGAUACCGAGAUGGCUGUGCUCAAGAUGUUUUACGAGAUAUGGGGAGUCGGGGAUGUCACGGCUCGUCAGUUCUAUAACAAGGGAUGGCGAGAUCUCGAUGACAUUGUAGAGUAUGGAUGGAAUUCCCUGAGCCGAGUGCAGCAGAUUGGCGUCAAGUUCUACGACGAGUUCCAGCUCCGAAUACCGCGCCAGGAAACAGAAGCCAUCUCCAGCGUCAUCCUCUCCCAUGCGCACCGCGUCGACCCAGGCUUCCAGAUGGUCGUCGUCGGCAGCUACAGGCGCGGCAAGCCGACGAGCGGCGACGUCGACGUCAUCGUGAGCCACCCGGACGAGGCGCAGACGCUCGGCAUCAUCGAGAAGCUCGUGUCGAGCCUGGAGAAGAGCGGCUUCAUCACGCACAUCCUGAGCAUCUGGACGCGCAACAGCGAGCGCGGGCAAGCGCCCCUCGUGUGGAAAGGCGACGACCGGCCCUCGGGCUCGGGCUUCGACACGCUGGACAAGGCGCUCGUCGUCUGGCAGGACCCCGACACCAAGGAACAGGGGGGGCCUCACCGGCGGGUGGACAUCAUCGUCAGCCCCUGGAAGACGGCCGGGUGCGCGAUUCUGGGGUGGAGCGGGGAGACGACGUUCCAGCGGGACCUGCGGCGGUACUGCAAGGCGAGGCUGGGGCUCAAGUUUGAUAGCAGCGGCGUAAGGAGCCGGGCGGACGGGGCGUGGGUGGAUCUGGAGGGCUCCGAGGGCAGGCCGGCGCCGGAUAUGGAGACGGCGGAGAGGAGGGUGUUUGAGGGGUUGGGGUUGGAGUGGCGGCCGCCGGAGGAGAGGUGUACGGGGUGA